UUCAUUAACCCCACUUAAAAUCUCUCUCUCUCCCCUCACCUAUAUAUAUAAAAUCCUGCUCCUUUAAUUACUCCCCCUGCAGCUUAAUAAAAUCUACUUCCAAUUUCAGUUGUUAAAUCCAACAUUUUUCCUGCUCCAUUCCUUUCUCCAUUAGCGGAAUCAACAAAUAUUCUCAGAAUCUUGACUAAAUAGUUUAUUCUCUCUCUGGUCUUUUUGUGGACUGCUGGUGUCCUGGCCUCAAAGAACAAAUCAUGUGUCUUGAGGAACUAGAAGAGAAUACUGGACGAGUGACGGAAAGAUCAAGUUUUGGGAAGACCCAGAUGGAGAAAAGUCCUGAUUUGGCUCAGACCCAUCUGCAGUUCCUUCGAUAUCAUGAUAUGGCGGUGUUCAUCUCAUGUUAUAAUUAUGUUGGAAGCAAUAUGUGAGAGCACAACCUCAACAGAAAACGGGGAGAGUCAGCUAACAAGUUUCACUCCAAUCAUCCGGUCAGGGGAGUGGUCUGAUAUUGGCAGUCGCGAUUGUAUGGAAGAUACUCAUGUUUGUAUCUCUGACUUGGCAGAAAAGUUCAGUUGUCAUUCUUCUAGUGAGGAAGUUGUUUCCUUCUUUGGAGUUUUUGAUGGACAUGGAGGAAAAGGUGCUGCAAAUUUUGUCCGUGACAAUUUGCCUAGACUUAUUGUGGAGGAUGCUGAUUUCCCUCUGAAACUCGAAAAAGUUGUUACAAGGUCAUUUGUGCAGACUGAUGUUCAGUUUGCAGAGUCAUGCUCUCUUGAAUCCACACUAUCUUCUGGAACUACAGCACUCACUGCAAUGAUUUUUGGCAGAUCUUUACUAGUCGCCAAUGCUGGUGACUGCCGAGCAGUACUCUCUCGUCUCGGUUCAGCCAUAGAAAUGUCCAAAGAUCACAGGCCUUGCUGCCUCAAAGAAAGAAAACGCAUUGAAUCCCUUGGAGGCUAUAUCGAUGAUGGAUAUCUAAAUGGCCAACUCGGAGUAACCCGAGCUCUUGGAGACUGGCACAUCGAAGGCAUGAAAGAGAUCAAUUCACCGCACGGCCCCCUCAGUGCCGAGCCGGAGCUCAAAAUGAUAACUCUAACAAAAGACGACGAGUUCUUGAUUAUAGGCAGUGAUGGUUUAUUUGAUGUGUUCACGAACCAAAACGCAGUAGAUUUUGCUCGCAGGAGACUUCAAGAACAUAAUGAUGUGAAAGUUUGUUGCAAGGAAUUGGUUGAGGAGGCAAUGAGGCGAGGAGCUGUAGAUAAUUUAACUGUUGUUUUGGUUUGCUUUCACUCGGAGCCUCCGGCGAAAAUUAUUGUGAAUAGAUUGAGGGUUCGGAGGAGUAUAUCGGCUGAAGGGCUGAAGAGCCUUAGAUUUCUCUUGGAAGAUUGAGUUCAUUUGGUUCAUCAUUCUUGGUCUGGGAGGUAUUAUGUAUAUUUAUGGUGGGGUAAGUUCCACGAAACACCCUGGAGAAGUUUGGCCCAAUUUGAGAUAAACCCCAAAAAUUUUGGAAGUGUCGUCAACGUCCAAAACUUUUCAAAUAACCCCAAAAUGUCAGGGUUUACCUGAAAAUAGAUUCAGAAAAAUGCAAAAGUAUUGGGGGUUAAGUGACAUUUUCCAUAACUUUUAGGGGAUUACUCAAGAUGGGCCAAACUUUUUUUCUUUUUGGCUGGGUUAUUAGUGAAAUUUACCCUUUUAUGUUACUACGAUUAGCAACUAUAUAUGUUGAUCUAUAUUCUGAGCUAUAAGCUUGCAGAAGCUAUUUAUGGGUCUGUAAAUUAAGGGGAAGAAGUUACGGGAGGUCUGGCUGCGUUGAGGGAUUAAGACUUUGGCGGUGUUUCUGUUUGUUUGUCUGUAAAUAAGGUGGAAUUCUGAUGCUGAGAGUGCAUCAGUAUAGCACUGGACUGUCAUUGAUCAAUUAUUCAAUUAAGAUAUCUAAUUGUUUAUACGUA